CCUUUUUCUUUGAGAUACAGGAAUAAAACCCUACAGAGACGGGGGAGAAGAGAGAUGGUUUUUACUGCUCUUUUGGACCUUUUUAUUUUCUUUUUCCUUUGAUUGGGCCGACUAGCUUGAAAAAAGAAAAAUCAGCCAACCCACGAAGAUAUUGGGUCUUAGUUUCAGUGGAGCCCAAUGAGUUUGCGUUAGUUUAUUGCUUAUGGGAAGUAGUAAUGGGAAGGGUAGAAGCAGUUGGUGGAGGAUGGAGAAAGAAAUGGAAAAGGGAAAGGUAGUAGUGGAGAAGGUGAGAGGAAAGUCAACAGUGACAAGAAGCUUCUCAAAGUAUCCCCUAAAGUUCAUUAUCCCAAGAAAGGUGGGUCCUUCCGAAACCGAUGCUGUCUGGAUUUACAGCGUCACUUAUGGCGGUGGCAUUGUCUCCGGAGAUUCUAUUUCAGUUGAAUUUACAAUUGGAGAUGGCUGCACUGCUGUCCUUACUACCCAAGCCUCUACAAAGGUCUACAAGUCUUUGGGCUCUAAGUGUUCUGAGCAAGUCUUAGAGGCAAGAAUUGGGAGUGGUGCUCUAUUUGCAGUCAUUCCAGAUCCGGUCACAUGUUUUUCCACUGCAAGAUAUUCUCAGAAACAGGUCUUUAGAGUGGCUUCCGACUCAAGUUUGGUCAUUGUCGAUUGGUUUACCAGUGGUCGUCAUGAAAGUGGGGAAAAAUGGGAUUUUGAACUUUAUAGGAGCACCAACCAUAUAUUCUCUGAAGGCAAUCAACCUGUAUUUCUUGACACCGUAUUGCUAGAACAAUCUAGCCCUGCCAAUAUAGCAGAACGCAUGCACGGCUACCAAGUCAUUGCAAUGGUCAUAAUCUAUGGCCCAAAGCUGAAGCUUGUUCAAGAUCAAGUUCAAGAAAAUGUGAAGAGGAUGAUGUCUCAGCAAUUACACAUUCCUUCCACUAGCUUGGGGCACCAUGCUAAAACAAACUCAGAUAAUUGUUUGACCAGGCCAGCUUUUAUUGCUUCUUGCAGUGUCUUUGGUCCAAAGGGAAUUGGUGUAGUCGUUCGAAUAGCUUCUACAACAACGGAGUCAGUAUAUAGGUUCCUGCAGCAUCAAUUGGCUGGGAUGGAGCCCCUGGUCGGUGUACCACCCUAUCAUUGAACAAGCACCGCGAUACCUUUCCACAUUACUCUUUUGCCCCAUUGAAAUAAUUGAAGCAAUUCCCAUCGGAGAAGCAUUAAUAUUUGUCUGACUCCGAUCUUUCUCUCUUGUUUUGAAGCACCCUUUGUCAUGGAUCUAUGAUUAUGACUAAAGGGUUGGAUCAGGACUCUGCAAAUUCUUCGGCUCAAACCAAUGAUUGAAGAGAACCAAUACCACUGGGAUGUUCGCCAAUGUACUGCGAGUGCUGGCCAAAAGAAAACAAAAAAUUUACCGUUUUGAAGGAAAUUGACCAAUUUAAUUACUGACUCCAGUUGUAAUUUAUUUUGCAAAUUUAAUAAUGUUUUUUGAUGUUUUGCUACUUAACUUGUUACAAAAUGAACGAUACAAUUCAAAUGUUAGUUUUGCUAA